ACCAACUGACAGCAGCAGCCCCGCAAAGUGUCACCGACAUCUGCCACAGACCCCGGGCUGCGUGGACCUCCUCCACCCGGGAAGAGGAGCACUUUACCCCCCUCCUCUGCUCCUGGUGGACCUCCUGAAAGGUGCAGUAUUAUUCCAGUCAUGAGGGAAGUCGUCAAAAAGUCGUCUCUGGAUUUAAACUGAGGAAAGAAGAAAGGAGAAAGAAGGAGGGCCAGCUUGACACACACCCUUUACACAUUUCCUACAGGUCUAGCUGGCCAAUGCCGGGCCCAUCGUGGACAUCUGGCGGCGGUAGCAGCACGAGCAGCAGCAGCAGUGUUUAUGUGAGCGUGGUCCCCGGCGCUUAGCCCAUGUCCAGCCCAUAAUGCCGUCGUCCACACGGAAAGGUGUGCCGAAGGACCCCGAGCUGGCAGACCUCUUCUUCAAAGAUGACCCCGAGGAUGUCUUCUGUGACCUGCACGAGAUCGGACAUGGCAGCUUCGGCGCCGUCUACUUUGCUCGUAACUCUUACUCCAACGAGGUGGUGGCCAUCAAAAAGAUGUCCUAUAAUGGCAAGCAGACUACCGAAAAGUGGCAGGACAUCAUUAAGGAGGUCAAGUUUUUGGGGCAGUUGCGACACCCAAACACCAUCGAGUACAAAGGCUGCUACUUGAAAGACAACACUGCCUGGCUGGUGAUGGAGUACUGCCUGGGCUCCGCAUCAGAUUUACUAGAGGUUCACAAGAAACCACUCCAAGAGGUGGAAAUUGCUGCCAUUACCCACGGUGCCUUGCUUGGACUGGCUUACUUACAUUCCCACAAUAUGAUUCACAGAGAUGUGAAAGCUGGUAACAUCCUGCUGACUGAGCUCGGUCAGGUCAAACUUGCCGACUUUGGCUCUGCCUCCAUUGCCUCACCUGCCAACUCCUUUGUGGGAACCCCUUACUGGAUGGCUCCCGAAGUGAUCCUAGCCAUGGACGAGGGUCAAUACGAGGGGAAGGUGGACAUCUGGUCCCUGGGUAUCACCUGUAUUGAGCUGGCGGAGCGCAAACCGCCCUUGUUCAACAUGAACGCCAUGAGUGCCUUAUAUCACAUCGCCCAGAACGACUCUCCCACGCUGCAGUCCAAUGAGUGGACUGACCCCUUCCGGAGCUUUGUCGACUACUGCCUACUGAAAAUUCCUCAGGACAGACCCUCGUCGGGGGAGCUGCUAAGACAUGAUUUUGUGCGUCGGGAGCGGUCGCCACGCAUUCUCCUCGAACUCAUCCAGAGGACCAAGGACGCCGUGCGUGAGCUGGACAACCUGCAGUACCGCAAGAUGAAGAAGAUCCUCUACCAGGAGAAGCACAACGGGCUGAUGGGAUCGAGCCAGGAGGAGGAGGAGGACAGUGAGGCGGCCAGCUGUAAGAUGAACAGCCUGGGCAGCAACCACUCCAUCCCCAGCACCUCGGUCAGCACAGGCAGCCAGAGCAGCAGCGUGAACAGCAUGCAGGAGGUGCUGGACGACAGCUGCUCCGACAUGACCAUGAUGCACCCCCAGGACUACGGCAGCACCCUGGACUCCUCGCCGCACACCAAAAAGGACCAUCAGUACAACUGGGACGAUGGGCUCCACAGAGACCACCGACCAGAGCUGAGGCCGGCCUCCUCCGACAAGAGCAGUCAGGCUCAGAACUACAAGAACCAGAGCCGCUUCGCCACCAUCAAAUCUGCCUCUCUGGUGACCAAGCAGAUCCACGAGCAUGAGCAGGAGAGCGAGCUGCGGGAGCAGAUGUCGGGCUACAAGCGCAUGCGGCGGCAGCACCAGAAGCAGCUGAUCGCCCUGGAGAACAAGCUGAAGGCCGAGAUGGACGAGCACCGGCUCAAGCUGCAGAAGGAGGUGGAGACGCAGGCCAACAACGCCUACAUCGAGCUGGAGAAGCUGGCCAAGCGCCACGCCGUGCAGAGCGAGAAGGAGAUGAAGACGGCGUUGGCGGAUGAGAAGAAGUUCCAGCAGCAGAUCGUGGCCCAACAGAAGAAGGAGCUGACCACUUUCCUGGAUAAUCAGAAGAAGCAGUACAAACUCUGCAAGGAGAAGAUAAAGGAGGAGAUGAACGAGGACCACAGCACACCGAAGAAGGAGAAGCAGGAGCGCCUGUCAAAGCACAAGGAGAACAUGCAGCACUCCCAGGCCGAGGAGGAGGCGCAGCUCCUGGGCCAGCAGAGGGUUUUCUACGACAGGAACUGUCGCGCCUUCAGACGCAAAGUCAUGAUCAAGAGGCACGACUUGGAGCAGGAGCAGAUCCGAGAGGAGCUGAACAAGAAGAAGACCCAGAAGGAGAUGGAGCACGCCAUGCUGAUCCGCCACGACGAGUCCACGCAGGAGCUGGAGCAGAGGCAGCUGAAGACCCUGCAGAAGCUGCGCAUGGACCUGAUUCUCCUGCAGCACCAGACGGAGCUGGAGAACCAGAUCGAGUACAACAACCGGCGCGAGCGUGAACUCCACCGCAAGCACGUGCUGGAGCUCCGGCAGCAGCCCAAGAACCUCAAAGCUCUGGAGCUGCAGAUCAAGAAGCAGUUCCAGGACACGUGUAAGGUGCAGACCAAGCAGUACAAGGCCCUGCGCCACCACCAGAUGGAGAUCACGCCCAAGGCCGACCACAAGACGGUGCUCAAGGCCCUGAAGGAGGAGCAGACACGCAAGCUGGCCAUCCUGGCCGAGCAGUACGAGCAGAGCAUCAACGAGAUGAUGGCCUCGCAGGCGCUGCGUCUGGACGAGGCCCAGGAAGCCGAGUGCCAGGCCCUGAGGCAGCAGCUGCAGCAGGAGAUGGAGCUGCUCAACGCCUACCAGAGCAAGAUCAAGAUGCAGACCGAGGCGCAGCACGAGCGCGAGCAGCAGAAGCUGGAGCAGAAGGUGUCGCUGCGCCGGGCUCACCUGGAACAAAAGAUUGAAGAGGAGCUGGUUUCCCUUCAGAAGGAGCGAACCGACCGGAUCAAGCACCUGCUGGAGCGGCAGGAGCGGGAGAUCGACAGCUUCGACAUGGAGAGCAUGCGGCUCGGCUUCGGAAACCUGGGCACCCUGGACUUUCCCAAGGACGACUACAGAUGAGGAGCUGCUGCUGCUGCUGCUGCUGCUGCUGCUGCUGCUGCUGCUGUCGUCGUCUGUCCUCGCCCCCCCCGGGCGUCCGUCUGCCUCUCUCUCCUCCUCUGACCCGACUGUGCAGGUGUUCACUGCUGCUGACGUCCUUACACACACACACACAACAACAACAAAAAAACGAUCCUGUGUGUGUGUGUCCAGUGGCCGGUUGACAGCCACCACCUUAACCCCCACCCUCCCCACCUCGUCUCUCGUCAUGUCACAAGAUGACAAAAAAAGAAAAAAAAAAUGCUGGAUAACGUCCUGUAGUUGUCAUGAUUUUGUACGAACAACGAUAACGUAGUCACGGUGUUUUUCCUGUUUCUUGUGCAAUGUGGAAGACGAGAGAAGGAGGGAGAGAAGAACAAGGACGAAUGAAACGGCUCCACAAACACCCGGUUCUUUAGAGGUAAUCGAUUGUUGUCGUGCGUUUUUGUCGUUUUUUGGUCUCGAGCGGUGCAAAAAAACACAAACCUGUUCAAAGCGAUAAAUCAAACUUCCACAGUCGUUCUCCUGCACUGCUUCUUUCAACACUUUUUUCUAUCCUCGACUCAUCAGGACAUUUUUAUGACAAAUUUGAAUAAUUUGAUACGAAUAUCACAACGUUGAUAAGUACACGUUUAACGAUAAUGAUAAUAAUUCAUGUGACUCCUGCGGUCGAUUUGAUUACUGAGGGCGAAUCAUGGUACUCUGUGUUUGUAUCGUACUGAUUUCUCUGCACUGGCAGCCAAUGUGAAUAAUAAUAAUGAUAUUAAUAAUAAACGUGUCACAUGAGCUCCAGCUCCCAGAUAGCACAAAGGGCUUCAUUGUGGGGGGGCGGGGGUGGACUUGUACUUUGUGUAUAGAAGGAUCUAUGGAGAGCUUUUACUUAUUUUCGUAUUGUAUUUUAACUGUCACUCAUAUCGAAAAAAACAGAAUUUUUAAAGAUGCUUUUCCUCCCCCCUUCCUCAGAUAGUAUUUGAAAUUCAUUCUAUCAAUGGGAUUAUCUUUUUAUUUUUAUUUUUUUCUGGCUUCUCACGACUUCCGAGCCGUGUGGUUUUUCUUUUUUCUUAUCAACCAGACCAGUAUGACGCUUUAUUGUUGCAUGCACUUUAAUUUUUUUUUUCCAGGUUAAAAAGAAAGCAUGAAUCUGUCAGAGCUUUUAAUUAUAUUUGUAAAUAAAGUGCUCAUCACACAAGCUGA